CGAGGAUCGCGUGUUGUAUUUGUCACGCUCUUUCCGCGCCACGAGACGAUCCUUGUGGUAACAGGUUCGCAGCUUAAAACAAAAAUUAGUGCUUCGAAUUGGAUUGAUCGGAUUUCAGUGAUUCAGUGACUCGUGUUGUCCAGUGCCAAAACCAGGGAUUAACGUGUGAGAUACAAAUUAACAGCCGUGACUUCACGGAAAAAUUGCCACGAGCUUUCACAGUGCCGGUCUUAAACUGGAUUUCAUUCUGUCCACGUGUUUUGCUGCGCCGAGAAGUGACAACCUCGACUUGUCUCUGAGCGUACCGCAGCAUCACCAUACGUCGUAUCACCACGACGGCUACAAUAUGGCUGACCAGGUGAGUCCACUUAAAAGGAGUUUAUUUGAUAAAACACAUAAGACUUUUCACACGCCCAGUUUCGGCGAUGAGGAUUUUGACAUCCCUUCGAUCCACUCGCACGCGCAUCAGCAGCACCAACAACAACAGCAGCAACAUCAUCAACAGCACGAUCCAAUGCACGCUUAUCAAUCACAGAUGAUGUCUAGUGGUGGAAUGCAACAAUCGCCAGAUGGAUUGAGUUUGGAUCCAGGCGGAUAUCAACAGCCGCUUUACCUGCAGCAGGAACACUCUAUGCAACCAAUUAGCGUUAACUCGGCUUACAACAGUCCUCAAGGCUCAUAUUCAACCAUGAGUUCGCCAGGUCAACAACAUAGUGGACAACAAUUGUUGUUAUUGCAGCAACAGCAUAAUCAUCAGCAACAGCAGCAACAGCAACAACAACAGCAGCAGCAGCAGGCUGCUCAGAUGCAACACAUGCAGUAUAUGCAUUCUCAGCAGCAGCAACAGCAACAACUUCAGCAACAACAACAGCAGCAGCAGCAACAGAUGCAGUACCGGAGUCCUGCAGGCGGAAGUCCACCUGCAAUACAAAAUACUGCUGCUCCUGAAAACAACAAUACAACAACCAGCGAGGAUAGUGAUGAUAGCACUCCUCAUUCAGCAAUGAUUGCGGGAAUCAAGCGACCAUCUCCAGAACCCGCUGAUGGGGCAACCAAGGCACAGAAGAAGCCGAAAGCCCAGAAGAAGAGGAAGAAGAAGGAUCCCAAUGAGCCACCAAAGCCCGUUUCUGCUUAUGCGCUUUUCUUCAGAGAUACACAAGCUGCAAUUAAAGGUCAAAAUCCAAACGCCAGCUUCGGGGAGGUUUCCAAAAUCGUCGCUUCCAUGUGGGAUGCACUUGAUACCGAACACAAAGAUGUUUACAAGAAGAAGACAGAGGCUGCAAAGAAGGAAUAUUUGAAGGCCCUUGCAGCAUACAGGGCAUCAUUGGUCAGCAAGGGAGCAAAUGACAAUGAACAGCAACAGCAGCAACAACAACAACAACCACAACAGCCACAGACUGUACAAUAUGGGGGAUAUGGAGGAUAUGGUGGAAAUGGACCAACAGGAAAUGUAGCUUACCAAGUUUACAGUCCACAGCAGCAGCCUCCCUCACCUCAACAACACCAGCAACAACAUCAGCAACAACAUCAGCAACAAAUGGGAAUUAAAAAGUCCCCUCUUCAUCUUGCUCAGAUGCAAGGAAAUCAACAGCAACAGCAGCAGGCUUUAAUGGGCAACCCAAUGGCACCACCGCACAUGACGCAGCAACACAUGCAGCAACAAGUCUCGCAACAGCAAUAUAUGCAGCAGGUUCCCCAACAAGUUCAGCCAGUUCAAGUUCAGCAGCAACAGAUAAUGCACAUGAGCCCACCGAGGGGUGACUUGAAACAAGAAUUAUCGAGCCCACCACCAGUAAAUUCGUCUCAAUCAGCAAUGGUUGCUCAGAGGCCUCCUGCAAACACUUGCAUUCGUCACGGUUGUCCAAAUCCAGCUGUAGCCAACACCGAGUGGGAAGACGAAUAUUGCAGUAAUGAGUGCGUGGCUAGCCACUGCAGGUUUGUAGACGUUUUCACGACCUGGGUCUCGACAAAUCAGCAGCAGAAUUUCUCAACUGUAAAAUAAAAGGAAUCAAUCGUCAAUUGGUGAACCUGCAAUCUGACUGUGAAUGAAAUGCAGAAAAGCGACUGUCGUUUCGUACGAGAAAAAAAAAGAAACUAAUAUUGGAACCACACACAUUUGGACGAAAUCGAGCGAAAAAUUCCGGGAGGCAAAGUUUAAUAAGUUCUUCUCUAUUUAUUGCCCGCGUCCAAAAUAAAUUAUACGAGUAGUAGUUUAUCCCAAGCGACAUUUCUGUGGAUGGAUUAUAGUAGACGGCAAAAGUUUUACAAUCGCAUAUAUAUUUCGAGUCCGUCGAUGUUCUAAAAAGGCGCGACUAUUUAUACGAUAUCCGCUGGAACUGAGGGGAAAAAAGUACAAGUAAUAAAAGCAGAGUGACGUAUUGCAUGUAAAUAAAUGCGACGGCGAAGUGACGAAUGUCGAAUACUUUGUAAUUUUCGGUGAAAGUGAGAGCCAACAAUCGGACAUGCAAGGAGCGAGCGGAAGCUAUUGAUAACAAAAAAUUGCAUUCGGCAGUGCCAUGGCUGAUUGUUUCACACACACACUUCACUCUGAACACUUAGCUAGGAAUAUAAACGAAUCUAUACAUACAUUAUAAAUAAAUAUAUAAAUAAAUAUAUUAAUUGACCGAGCAGCGAUCACGGAAAAGUGUGACAUCAUCCCUCCGUCGUUAAAUUCGGCGUACUCGGCGCAAAUCUGCAGUAUUCUAUUUAUCUGGAAACUUCCGAAGAACUAUGAUUAAUCCAAUUCAAGCUCUUUUCGAAAAUUCUCCCUGGUUAUUUACUUUUCGAAAUUCUUUCAUCGUUUUCUUUUUUUUCUUUUUUUCUUCUGUUUUUUUUAUUCUGUUGGGAUUUGAGCUUGACUUGGAUUUCUGUAAUGCUUUGAAGCUGAAAGAAAAUAAGCAACAGGGCUCUAAUUAUUUUUACAUCAUUUCUACUGGCAUUCAAUUCGUAUAACGUACUAGUUGGACGGUUUUUCACAUGGCGAGAUCAAUCAUUUUUACUGAGAAAUACAAAAUAUAUUGUUUAAUUGAUAAAGCGACACUGCGCUUUCUCUCUCCCCCCCCCCCACCCCUCUCUCGAGAAUCCUCCCUCCCCCUCCACACCCCCUCCCCUUUUUUUACUUCUUUCUAUUCCGUUAAGAAUUGAGAAAGCGUAGUAGAGAGUCGCGGUUGAAUAAAUUAUUUAAGUUGAUGCAAAAAAUUUCAUAGAUUUUUAAAGAAAUAUUAUUAAAAUAUUAUAAAAGCAAGCUAGGUCUUUAGACUAUGUGUUUUGUUAUUUUCUGCCUAGGUUUUAAUGAUUUAGUGAUCGAGUUUGGGCUCUGAAAUGAUCGUAAUUGUAUGUAUCGUUAAGAAGUGAAAUGUUUCGCGUUCUCAGGAAUUGCUACGUAAAUUUAUUUCCCCGCUCGCGAGAAUCUUUGACUCUUCAAGGAGCGCGGGAUUUUGUAUUUUUGAGUGAAAUUUAAUUUUUCAGUUAAAAUUCGCUGAUGUUAUCGGCACUUUGUGGGAACGCGUGAAGAUUUUUUAAUCGUUUGUUUUUCUUUUUUUUUCAUAUUUCUUAUGUAAAUAUCUAAAUAUAUUCUAUAGAUUUAUAGGUUUUAUUGUAAACAUAAUCAAUAAUGUAUUAUAUUGAUAACGAUUUGUGGUAUAUUAAAAUACUUAUUAUAUAUGUACGAGUAUAGAAUACAACAGGAAUAUUUGCAUUUGGCACUGGUGCUAUUUAGAAAGUGGUCGCUGCACUCGUAGAGUCGAGUAAAAAAGUUUGGCCAAACGCACGCACGUGCGCGAGUGUAAUUAGGUUUCGUUGAACGGACAAGAUUCUUCGCAAAAAGUUUGGCACUUUUUUCUUGCCAAAGAGGGACGCGCGAACGCACGCAGGCAGGCAGGCAGGCGACAGCGUUAAAACGAUAUGAUCUGAUAAUAUCGAUGAAUAAUCCCGCUGUAUACUAUAAGUUACAAAUAUUAUUAUUGAUGAUUGAAAUAAAGAUAAGCUAUCGGUUAGUGUUUGCCGCGAGACUUCGUUACGCAACGAGUGCAAGGCGAAUUAUUAAGUACUCAAAAAUAAACAAACAAUAUACAUACAGAAAACACGACGCGAAUCCCAAACCCCCGACGACAUACUUCUUCUUCAUCAUCUUGUUCUCACGACACAAAAUCCACACAAUUUUACAAUAAUAUUCGUAAUUGCAUAAACAUAUAAUAAAAGGAAUAAAUCUAGAAAAUAUCCAGCGUAUUAUGUAGUAGUAAUAGAACUACACAUCAAAUGCUAAUAUAUGAUGGUGAUUUGCAAUGAAUUUAUGUUCGUUUUUAUUGUUUUCUGUACAAAAGACUUGAUUAAAGAAUUUCAGUCCCAAA